CUCAACGAUGGCGUAUAACGUGAUCAAGAUCUCUCGAGUCGGCCCUGCAACAGAUCUGGUCGACCCGCUCAUUCUCCCACUCACUUUCUUCGAUUUAGUGUGGCUAAAAGACAUUCCUACGAACCGAAUCAUCUUCUACAAACUCACUGAGUCAUCUCCCGACUCCUUCUACUCCGUGAUCCUCCCCAAGCUCGAGCGUUCCCUUUCCCUUGUCCUCGCACACUUUCUCCCUCUCUCCGGUCACCUCAAGUGGAACCCACAAGAUCCUAAGCCGCACAUCGUCAUCUUACCGCAAGACACUGUCUCUCUCACAGUGGCCGAGACGGACGCCGAUUUCUCUCAUGUUUCCGGCAAAGGGCUCCGUCACCAGCCUGAGUUACGCGCUCUAGCGCCGGAGUUACUGGUAUCUUCUGACUCACCCUCUAUUCUUGCUCUGAAGAUCACUUUGUUCCCGAAACAAGGCUUUUGCAUCGGAAUCACAAUCCACCAUGCUGCCCUGGACGGCAACACAGUGGUAAAAUUUAUAAAAUCUUGGGCUCACUUCUGUAAAUACGGAACAAUGCCCCAAGAUUUGCAGCUACCAAUGCUUUUAGAUCGUACAGUCAUCAAUCUUCCAGCGGAACUCGAAUCGAAGAUCUUCCAACUCUCACAGUACAAUGCCAACGAAAGAACUUUAAAGCUUUCUCCCACCAAAGAGAUUGACGAAGAUGUCGUUAGGAUCACGCUCGAGCUGACUCAGGAAAACGUGAAGAAACUCGUAGAGCGAGCCAAGAGCGGGUCAACUCGAUCCGAUCUCCACUUGUCAACUUUCGUAGUCACCUACGCCUAUGUAUUGACCUGUAUGGUGAAGGCACGUGGAGUUGACGAAGAUCAACCAGUUCCAUUUACUUACGUUGCUGAUUUCAGAGAACGGUUAGACCCGCCGGUUCCUGUGACCUACUUUGGGAACUGUGCGUUACCUAUCAAUUUUUCUGGAGACAAAGCGAAGACGUUCUUGGGACAAGAUGGAUUCGUCAAUGGUGUCAAGAUUCUCGGAGAUUCUGUUAGAGCACUGAGUUUGGGAGGAGCUGAGUCAAUAUGGGAGUUGUAUGAGGAAGGAUUAAAGAAGAUGGAGCAAGGUAUACAGAAGCUGUCGGUUGCUGGGUCUAACAAGUUUGGGAUAUACGGGUCGGAUUUUGGGUGGGGAAGACCCGUUAGUACUGAGAAUAUAUCUAACAGCUUAAACCUUCUGUUCUCUAUGUCGGAGAGGAGGGAUGAGACCGGUGGUGUGGAGAUUGGGAUUUGUUUGAAGAAGUGUGGGAUGGAUGUUUUUAUUUCUGUGUUUCAAAAUGGAUUGUAAACUAAAAAAAAAAUGGAAUGAUUA